AUGGCGUCGGCCGCCAUGGAUUCACCUUUCUUCGACUCACGUUUGCAGAGCUUCACAAUUUUAUGCGCUUCUUCAAUAGAAGCAGCAGCUCCUCCUACCAAGUCGAAAUCAGAAGACAGAGCAAUUACUCCGCGUUCUCAGGACUUCAAUGCUUGGUACCUCGAUAUUAUCGCCCAUGCUGAGCUUGCAGAUUAUGGUCCUGUUCGUGGUACCAUGGUUAUUCGCCCUUAUGGUUAUGCUAUCUGGGAAUCCAUUCAGGAUUAUUUGAAUGUGAAGUUCAAGGAAACUGGUCACAGCAACAUGUACUUCCCACAGGUACACUCAAAUGUAGAAAUAUUUCUGUUUUGAUUAUUGAUUGAUGAGGUUGAAUAAUUUUAAAUUUCUCUGUUUUCUGGUUUGAGAGUUAUGUGAUUUGAUGAGUAAUUGUUAAUUUUAUGAUAAUUUGACUUGUGAAUUUUUGGUGGAUUUUGGUGUAGAUUUAUUGAAAACUUAAAAGUUACCCUAUAUCAAGUUUUUUAUUAGUUUCCAAAGUAUUGUUAUUAGUUGCUGUUUUA